AAAAACUGAAAAAAAAAACUAAUAAACUUUCUUCUAUAUAUUUAAGAAUAAAAUGGCAAAAAAAGCAUUAAUGAUAUGUCUAAUGUUACUUGUUGCAUUAAGCAUUGUCUAUGAAACGCAAGCAACAUUCUCAUUACCCCCACUACCUAAAGAAUUUCCCCAAAUUAGGCAAAGAAUUUGAGCCUUUUGCUUUCAAAGGUAUGUUGGAGUUCAGGGGUGAUCUGGAGGGAAAAUGUCCAAAGAACACAAAGUUCAAUGAUUUUUUCAUAAAACUGAAGGAUUACAUGGCUUGCUUCGAUUCCACAUCACCCGAUUCAAAAGAUAUCCAAGUCCAGCUGACAAUAAAAUCUGAAAGCCUCUUCAGGGCUAUGUCUGCUUUCAAUGGAACAAAAGGCGGAACAUCAGAUAGGAGGAUUCAUGGAGGCUGGUGGAUGGUGGAUGGGUUGUUGUCACUUGGAAAAGUUUUGGUUGAGAUGAAGAAGAGCGGUUCCAAUGAGAUAACUUUUGAACAAAGAAGAGAAAUGAUUCAGUCUAUGGUGAAAUGGACUCGAGGGACCGGUAUAUUCGUGAAGAUGGCCUCUGAGAAUGAAGGACGCUCUAUUGAUUUAUCAUCUUUUGGAAUCGAUUAUGACACUAACAAACCUUCUAAUUCUAAAAGAUCUCUUUCUGAAACACGAGGAACCUUCUCAUUGCCCCAUUACUUGAAGGAUCUUCCCAAAAUAAGCAAAGAUUUUGAGCCGUUCGCUUACGAUGGUAUGUUGGAUUUUCUGGCUAGCCUUGAGGUUAGGUGUCCUGCCACAACAGAGUUCAAGAAUUUCUUUGCAAAGGUAGAGGAAUACAUGACAUGCUUCAAGUCCGGAUCAAGAGACAACAUCAAGGUCGACAUCUCAGACAAAUCCGAGGGGCUCUUCAGAGCUAUGUCUUUAUUGGAUGGUGGUAAAACUGGAACAUCAGUGGAGUCGUGGAGAAUGAUGGAUGGUAUGUUGUCUAUUGGAAAGCUUUUGGCUGAGAUGAAGAAGAAUGAUUCGAAAGAUAUAACUUUUGAACAAAGGAAAUAAAUUAUCGGAACUAUGGUGAAAUGGGCUCGAGCUAUCGGUCUCUUCGUGAAGACAGCCUCUGAGAAGAAAGGAAAAUCUAUUGACUUAUCAUCUUUUGGAAUUGAUUAUGCAGCUUCUCCUUUCAAAGGACCUACCGGUGAACUGUAGAGACAACAAACCUUUCACUUCCAAAAUUGUAAAAAAACUGUAUAUAAAUUAAAAUAUUAUAUAUUCCAGCGGUGCGUGUACUCCAACACAAAUUUAUGAAGAUUUACUUAUAUGUGGGGGCUCUCUUACUCUUGGUACUCCAUGGGAACCUCCACUUAAUAAUUGUUGCGAAAAUAUACGAAAGAAUAAGAUGAAAUGUAUAUGCCAAAGCGUCACAAAAUUUUUUAUGCAAGUCUAUGAUGUAAAUAAGCUUCCCAAACUCUCGCAAGCUUGCGGCAACCUUUUAGUCCCGGGCUCUUAUUGCGGACUUUAUAAAGUUCCUGGUGGUGCAUGAUAGCAAAAAAAACGUGUUGAAACAAUCUCUCUUUUCCGUAUCUAAUCUGUUUACUAGAAUAAUUAAAUUUAUUGCUGGAAAGAGAGUAUUACAAUAAUUAUGUUAUUUCUAUAAUAUUGUAUGUGGCUAAGAAUAAUGAAAUAUAAAUUGGGG